GUUAACUGUCACAGUGUUGUUGCAGACCGUUCCGGUUUGUCUGGGCCUUUGGGUUGACGUGACAACCCUUUUUCCUUAGCCCGCUAAAAAAAAAAAAUCACUAGCAUCGGCGGAGCAGAUGCAUAAUCACUAGUCGGUACACCUACACACAAGGAGAGGGAUUCGAAAUGGCUCUACGGGCGUACGUCGCGGAAAGCAUCAAUGUGGCAGCCAUAAUGGGUGUGGGCGAUGGCAUCGCCCAGUUUCUGAUCGAGAAGAGGUCACUGAGCGACUGGGAUGUGGGACGGACGGCGAGAUUCAGUGCCUUGGGCUUUGUGGUGGUUGGACCGGUACUGAGGACGUGGUUCACGUUCAUGGAGUCGAGAGUCUCGAAGAAGCACACACCGAUGCGUCGCGGCCUUACCAAAAUGGUGAUGGAUCAGGGCUUGUUCGCGCCAGUCUUCACGCUGGCCAUGUCCUAUAUGGUGCCCAAGAUAAACGGCGAAGAGGAGGAGAAAAUACGGAACAGAAUCCGAGACACGUACUUCACCAUACUAAGCAGGAACUACAUGCUAUGGCCGAUGGCGCAAUUCAUCAACUUCUCGUUCGUGCCCCUCCAAUACCAGGUGAUCUAUGUCCAGUGCAUAGCCCUGUUGUGGAACAGCUACCUCUCGAUGAUGCUCAACAAGUAGUAGGAUCCCCAACUCGUGUUCACACUCCAUGGAGCGGCUCCAUGACAAUCUCUCCAAUAAAUUUGUAAUAUGUAGGCUUGUACCAAACA